AUGGCUGGUUUUUUCUCGUUAGGCAGAGGGGGCAACAACAACAACAACCAAGAUCAAGACCACCAUAACAGCAAUAACCCACCCCCACCUGAUCAUCAAAUUGCUCCGGAGACGUUGUUCUGGUACAAGAAUGAGGACGUGGCAGCUCAGCCGUACAAAGGGUUCGAGCUAUGGCAGCAACAAGAGCAGCUCCUCCAGCUCCAAACCCAGCCACAACGCCUCUUCCACCACCACCCCCAUCACCAUCAAGAUCUCUACGCAUCUGCUGCCGCUCUAGGCGUGGGGCCCAGCAGCAGGGGCUCGGAUGACACGUCGUCGUCGCGGUCGGCCGCCGCGUUGAUGAUGAUGAGGUCGUCCUCCGGCGGAGGCGCAGGUGGAAGCGGGGGAGGAAGCGCCAGCUGUCAAGACUGCGGAAACCAAGCCAAGAAAGAUUGCAUUCACAUGAGGUGCCGGACUUGCUGCAAGAGCCGAGGGUUCGACUGCCCGACCCACGUGAAGAGCACGUGGGUUCCGGCGUCGAAGCGCCGCGAGCGGCAGCAACAGCUCAUGGCUUUGCAGCAGCAGCAGCAGCAGCAACAACAGCAGCAAGAACAUCAUCAACAACGACAGCAGCAGCAGCAGCAGCUGCAAGUGAUUCGGGGAGAGAAUUCCAAGAGGCUGAGAGAAAAUCCAAACUCCAAUUCUUCCCUUCGCAUUCUCGGCAACACGUCAGGGUUGGAGUUGGGGAAUUUUCCGGCAGAAGUGAGCUCGCCCGCGGUGUUUCGCUGCGUAAGAGUGAGCUCCAUCGAGGACGACGAUGAUCAGUACGCGUAUCAGACGGCUGUGAACAUAGGAGGCCAUUUGUUUAAAGGAAUUCUCUACGACCAAGGCCCCGAAACCUCUAACUACAACAUGAACAUGGCUGCUGCCGCUGCUGCAGCUGAAACUUCAUCUGGUGGCGGUGGAGUUAAUAUCCAGCCGCUCAAUCUCAUUGCUGGCGCCACCACCGCCGCCAACACAGCCACCAUUGGCGGCGGUGAUGACGAGGGCGUGGCGGGGGCUUCCACGACAGUUAUAGAUCCUUCUUCUCUAUACCCAGCUCCACUUAAUACAUACAUGGCUGGUACGCAAUUCUUCCUACCACCAAGAUCUUGA